AUGGUACUAGAACCAGAACUAGAAGAUGUUCACAUACAGGUGAUAUCAUUUAUAUGGAACCAAAAGUUUGCCAAGAGAAUUUCGAACCAUAAUAUUGCAGUAUCAACUGUACACAUUAGCAAUAGACACAAAUUUGAUUUAAAUCGGAUCAAAAUAUGCCUAAAACAAACUCUACUACCUAUUGGAGUAUUAAUAAACCCACAAUGUCCGGCAUUCGAAGACGUCAUGUAUUAUGCAUCACAAAAUUUACUAUUCGAUAGAAAUCACAAAUGGCUGAUUAAUGAAGAAAACAAAGUUUUACGUAAUGAUUUAACAUUAGUGUUUAAUGAGAAAUAUGUACAUUUUGAAGAUUAUAAUACAACAAAAGUAGCAGACAAUGUGGAUGAUGUUAAAAUUCCUAUCAUUGAUGUACUCAAUAAUCUUAACUUGAGCGUUGACGCUGAUAUCACGGCUUCUAUUACAAAAGGUUUAACGCUUACAAAAACGUUUAAGUAUUAUCGAAGGUGGAAUUUCCAAAAGAUGGCCCUCAAAAUGAUCAUAUCUAUGACUCCUGUACCAAGGGUCUUUCAUCCGGAGAUGUUAAUAGGCAGGAUCCCAGAUCCUGGAGUCGCUAUCAUAAGUCAAACUGGUGCCCAGCUUCUACACGAGAUAGCAGGAAUUCACAAUUUUGGGUACACUUACACUGUAGUAGACCGAUGGGUCGGCGACUACAAUCGGAACCAUUUAUAUACGGCAACAAACGGCCUAUACUUCCGCGAACACGAUAUAACACCAGUCCUGCGAUUUCUGCCAGCUCAUUUUUCAAGAUAUGACGUAGUUUUCCCAACUGUCACAUUUAUUGAAACAAGAUACUACUAUAGAAUUCCUUCUUACGGUAUUGGAAAGUUCGAGAAUCAAUUCUUAAGACCACUGUCUACCGCCACCUGGUGGUGCGUGGUAGCCGUAGGAGCACUAUGUGGUAUUGUCUUAAUGCUAUCAACGAUCGUGGAAAAACGUCCAAUUACCGUAAAUUUUGCGUUGUUCUCAGUCUUGGCAUUGAUUUGCCAGCAAUUUUUUGAAGAAUUUGAGGACAUAAAACGCAUAUCUUCAGCCAGGAAAUUAACAAUAUUAGUAACUGGAUUGUCCUGCCUUCUCAUUUACAACUAUUACACAAGCAGCGUCGUGAGCUGGCUCCUUAAUGGACCUCCACCCUCCAUUAACUCUUUGUGGGAACUCCUCGAUAGCCCACUUCAACCGGUUUUCCAAGAUACAGGAUACUCAUAUUCUUGGUUACAGUUGCCGGAUUAUUAUUAUAACAAAAAGAACGCAAAAGCCGAAGAAGUGCUGAAGAAAAGAAUAUUAAAUAUGAAGAAGAAAGGAAACAGUAUCAUUAUACCCGUGAACGAAGGCAUUGAUUUGGUCAGAAAAGGAGGUUAUGUCUACCAUACCGAUGUGAACAGUGCUAAUAGCAGGAUAUCUCAAACUUUUACACAAAGGGAGCUGUGUGAUUUGGAUUCAUUGAAUUCAAUGGAGAAAACUCUAUUGUACCCCUGUGUACAGAAGCGAAGUCCGUAUAGAGAAUUUUUUAUUUGGAGUCUGUCUCGUCUCAUGGAAAGGGGUAUAAUACGAUGUAUACAACAACGGACAUGGUCUCAUGGCGUGAAAUGUGAAGGGAGUUCUCCGAGAGCUUUAGCUUUGGGAGGUGCCGCUCCAGCAUUUAUACUCCUAGCAGCUGGAUAUAUUUUGGGGACAGUCAUCAUGUUAUUUGAAAGACUCAAAUGGAAACAUGACAAGUCGAGACUUAAACACUUUUAACUAAGUACGAGCACUUAAAACGAAC